AUGGAACUGGAUCCUCUUCUUCUGAUAAUUCUUGCACUCAGUGUUGUCUGGGUCUCUGUGUUCCACCUCUACAAGCAACGAAACUCGGGACAUCUUCCGCCUGGACCACCUCAGAAGUUUCUGUCUGGGAACAUUCAUCAACUUCCGAAGACCGAACCAUGGAAGAAGUACGCAGAAUGGGCAAAGGAGUAUGGCCCUAUCUUUCACGUCCGCGUCUUCAGUCGCCAUAUCAUCGUAUUGAAUACGUCCAAGGCUGUCACCGACCUUCUCGAAUCACGUUCAUCCAUCUACAGCGAGAGGCCUAUUAUGUGGAUGUACGGAGAACUACUCGGUCGUAAGAGGACGGUCUUCCAGAUCUCGUCCGAGAACCCGUUGCACAAGACGUAUCGCAAGCUUCUCCGUACGGGUCUCGACCUUCGAUCAAUCAGGUCCUACCAGCACUUGUUCGAGCGAGAGAACUUGAUCAUGCUUCGAGCGUUAUACGAGAAACCCGAAGACUUCAUUCGUCACAUCAGACGGAAUGCCGGUGGUAUCAUAUUGGAAGUCGCCUAUGGCUGGACCGUGAAAAAGGACGAUGACUAUUUUAUCUCCCUUAUACAGGAAGGGUUCAGGAUUACUGGGAUGGUCACCCGCCCAGGCGCAUUCCCCGCAGAACAUUUCCCUUUUCUGCGGUUCAUCCCUUCAUGGAUGCCCGGAGGUAGAUUCCGUAAGCAGGCGGCGGUGUGGAGAAAGACGAUGUCAGAUCUUGGAGAUGUCCCACAUGAAUGGGUGAAAUCGCAAAUGGAAUCGGGGGACUACAUAGAAUCGUUUACUUCGAAGAUGCUGCUUCCAGAUGGAGAAGCUCCUCCAAGUGCAGAGGAAGAAGAGAACAUCAAGUUCUGCGCAGAGGCAUUGUAUGCCGGCGGGGCGGACACUACUGUCGCGGCCAUGACCGCGUUCUUUCUGCUCAUGGCCAAAUUCCCUUCCUCCCAGCGACAGGCUCAAGCAGAACUAUCCCAGGUCGUCGGAGACGAAAGGCUGCCGAACUGGACCGACCAGGACAAUCUUCCCUACGUUCGUGCUCUAAUCCAAGAAACACUCCGCUGGGCUUCAGUUGCACCACUAGGCCUUCCUCACUCUGUCACCAGAGAUGAUGUAUAUCAAGGAUAUCACAUCCCGAAAGGGUCCACCGUCGUAGCUAACAUAUGGGCUCUCAUGCAUGACCCCGACGUUUAUCCUGACCCCGACACGUUCGAGCCUGAGCGGUACCUCCAAUCUAGAACAAACACUCCUCAACCUGAUCCUCGGAAGUAUGUCUUCGGCUUUGGUGCUCGUGUCUGCCCGGGAUCUCAAUUUGCAGAACAGUCACUAUUUCUGAGUAUCUCGAGCGUACUGGCGACAUUCGACGUCGCAAAAUGCACCAGCGAGACAGGUUUCGCCAUAGAGCCCGAAGUUGAUUUUACAACUGGCGUGACAAGGCACAUAAAACCUUUUGAAAUAACCAUCACACCGCGGAAGGGAUCAGCGGGCCUUCGUCUCGUCGAGGCUGGUUGA